AUGUCAGCGAGAAUCAUGCACAGCGAAGAAGCUGCUCGUAAUCCGACAUGGCUCAAGCUCUCAACAUCAUUCGUCCAUACCGCCAUAGAAUACGGAUCAGCCUUGAAGUCCUGGCCGCCUGUUCUCCGACCCAUUGUCGCCUACUUCCUACCCCAGCGUCUAGAGAAGGAGCAGCAGCUGGCAGGGGGUCGCGAGAUCAUUGCUAAAUCCCUGGCCAGGAAGAAGGCGCUAGGAGGUGCCCCUUUGGAGAACCCACCCACAAUGCUAGAUCACCUUACUAGCGGGGCCCACGCCUCCAAGGCCGAUGAUCUCGAGCUUCAACUCAUUCUUCAGAUGACACUAGCGGUUGCCAGUAUUCACACCACGUCAUCGACCGUCACUCAAGUGCUGUACGACCUGGCUGUUCAGCCAGACCGGGCCGAGGAGCUUCGAAUGGAAGUGGUGGAGGUACUUGAGAAGUCAGGCGGUGUUUUCACAAAACAAUCCCUGGCCGAGAUGAAGAAGCUUGACAGCUGGAUGAAGGAGAGUCUUCGCAUGAGCGCACCAGACAUGACCACAUUUCAAAGAAUGGCAACAAAGCCCUUGACUUUGAAAGACGGCACCUACAUUCCUGCCGGGACAAAAAUGGAGCUCCCCACCAGCGCCAUCAACUACGACCCUGCGAUCUAUCCUAACCCCGAAAAGUUCGACGGAAUGCGUCCAUAUCGUGAACGCCAGGAGGAUGGCUCGGAACACAAGCAUUCUUUCGUCAGUGUCACUCGCACUGAGUUGGGCUGGGGCUUUGGAAGACACGCAUGCCCUGGACGUUUCUUGUCCGAUGUUGAGAUCAAGCUGAUGUUUGCCGAAUUCCUCCUCAACUACGAGAUCAAGAACCCGGAGGGCGAACCACGAUUCAAGAACAUCGAGUUUGCGACAAAUGUCCUCCCAGACCCAACGAAAGAGGUACUGAUCCGGGUGCGCCGGUGCUAG